AUGUCUCUUUGCGUAAACCGACUCUCAGAAGAGAGAAAGUCAUGGCGACGAGAUCACCCCUUCGGUUUCUUCGCAAAGCCAAUGCGCGGCUCCAACGGCAUGAUGGACCUUAAACGAUGGGAAUGCGGUGUACCUGGCAAGGAGAAAACUAUAUGGGAAGGUGGCUUGUUCAAGCUCGAGGUCACAUUCCCCGAUGAGUACCCGACAAAGCCUCCGAAGUGCAAAUUUGUACCCCCGCUAUUCCACCCAAACGUCUACCCAUCCGGCACCGUCUGCCUGUCCAUCCUAAACGAGGAAGAAGGCUGGAAGCCCGCGAUAAACAUCAAGGAGAUCCUUCUCGGCAUCCAAUCACUUCUCGACGAGCCCAACCCAGAGUCCCCAGCGCAAGCCGAUGCAUUCAACCUUUUCAAGAAAGACAAGGCUGCGUACGAGCGAAAGGUCAAGCAGAUCGUCAAGGAAAACCCAGCGCCGUAG